UAUCCUCUUAAAACCUUUUCUUCUCCCAACAAAAAAAAAACUCCUAACGACCAAAGAAAAAACAAAACAGAAGACGUGUGAAAAAGAAAAACAGAACACAUCCGGCGAUGUCAGGUCCGAGCCGAAAGAACAUGGAAAGAAUUAAAGGUCCAUGGAGUCCAGAAGAAGAUGAUCUCUUGCAGAGUCUGGUGCAGAAACACGGUCCGAGAAACUGGUCCUUGAUCAGCAAAUCUAUCCCCGGGCGCUCAGGUAAAUCCUGCCGUCUCCGCUGGUGUAACCAGCUAUCUCCGGAGGUCGAGCACCGUGCCUUUACGGCGGAGGAAGACGAGACGAUUAUUCGGGCACACGCUCGGUUCGGUAACAAGUGGGCGACCAUCUCUCGUCUCCUCAAUGGAAGAACCGACAACGCUAUCAAGAACCAUUGGAACUCGACGCUCAAGCGUAAAUGCAGCGCUUUUACAUCUGAUGGACAGAGCUGUGACUUCGGUGGUAACGGAGGGUAUGACGGCAACUUAGGAGAGGAGCAACCGUUGAAACGUACGGCGAGUGGUGGUGGUGUUUCUACUGGGUUAUAUAUGAGCCCCGGAAGUCCAUCUGGAUCUGACGUCAGCGAGCAAUCUAGUGGUGCUCCACACGUGUUCAAACCGACGGCUAGAUCUGGUGCUGUGCCGGAGGUGACGGCGUCAACGUCCGGUGAAGAUCCGCCUACUUAUCUAAGUUUGUCUCUCCCUUGGAAUAACCGUUGCGAGACGGAGACGGUUAGAGUCAACGAGCCAACUCAAGUAAACGAGAACACGGUUAUUGACGGUGGUUACACGGCGGAGCUGUUCCCGGUUAGAAAGGAAGAGGUGGAAGAAGAGAAAGGGAUAUCAGGAUUCGGUGGGGAGUUCAUGACGGUGGUGCAGGAGAUGAUUAGGACGGAGGUGAGGAGUUACAUGGCGGAUUUACAGCGAGGGAACGUUGCUGGUGGUGGUUCCAGCGGAGGAAGUGGUGGUGGUGGUGGUUCGUGUAUGCCGCAAAGUGUAAACAGCCGCCGUGUCGGGUUUAGGGAGUUUAUAGUGAAGCAAAUCGGUAUUGGGAAAAGCGAGUAGUGAUUUUAAGUGAGAGAAGAAAGCAAAAGAGUCUUAAAAACUUUUCACUCUGUUUCUCGUGAAAAUAAAAGUUUCAGGCUUUUCAUGUUU